AUGCAGUUUCAGGAUUGCGAAUUUGUAGCCAAUAACGGGAGAACGCAGGCUCAAGUGCUGCAAGAACAAAUCGCCAUCGUUGAAACCCGCAUCGACGCCCUAGAACAUCCUUCAGAAGAUGCUCUCAUGCUCGAAAAUCCAUAUGCCCCUACGACAAGCGUCAGCCCGCGCUAUAUCCCAUCCCUACGCACGUUGCAACACCUCGUUCAAGCGUUUCUGUCUGGACACGCCGCGAAAAUGGGAUACUUUCUCUGGUCCUGCGACGUCAAUCAUGCAAGCCUCGGUCUACAAAGCGCUGUCCAGCUCUGGGCACUCCAUCUCUCUCAUAAUGCCGAGCAUCAAGCUCACGAGUCCACCUGGCUUCAACGCGUCUUGAGUUCCCAACCGGCGUCUUCGCCCAUUGAAACGAUACAGACGGCUGUCCUGCUUGCCACAUAUUUCUUCACCCACGAUCGGAUUCGGGAGGGAAAGUACCAUCUCAGUCUUGCGGCUGGCACUGUUCUUAGCGCUGGUUUCCACCAGCUGCGCUUGCCCUCAACUCGCAGAGAAGCGGAUCAUGUAGCAGCAUUUUGGACUGUCUUCACACUGAACAACUGUUGGAAUGCGUCCGACGCGGCACCUUUCAACACCACAUACGAUGAGGAACCCCAGCUCCGCAUAAUGACACCAUGGCCUGGGGAAGACAUCACCGCCGUGGAUACCAGGGGUCGGCAUGGUCAGACAGUGGCAAAUUUCGUGGGUCGUCAAGUACACGCUGAUGCGGGCUCCAAGGAGGCUCUCCUGGCAAAAUCAGGCAUUUUAUAUGAGCGGGCUUGUCAUAUCGGUCGCCAGUAUGAAGCGUAUGUGCACCAAUCGGAUUUUGACAACUUGGCUCGAGCUUUCGCGUCGCUUGACGAGCUUGUUGAAGAUCUCAAGAGAAGCGCGCUGGCCCAGACAAUCAGAGAAAUUCCGUUUCAGAACGCAGAUCUUCUGACUUGCUGCUUGUUGCAUGCCGCAACUAUCGAACUGCAUCGUCCGUUCCUCACUCAACGUGGAGGCAACUCUCAACAACGUGUUCUUGAAGCCGCUAAGGCUGUUGUCUCCCAUCUCGAGUCGCUAGCGCUUCGUCAUGCCAGCGACGACGUGGCUAAUCCUGUCCUGGCGGUCUUGCUUGAUUCAAUGGCAAAGGCAUUGUUCGCCGUCUCAGGGGACAUACCUUCUGCAGCGCCAACUAAUCAUACACAGCGCCUCAAGCUUGUACUACUCUCUGGGCUCCCAUCAGUAAAAGGUGCAUAA